GCCAUUUCUCCAUAACCACCUCACUUUCUUUCUGAUUGUGGUGUGCGCUCGCGACCUCCUUCUGCAUCGUCUUAGCCUUUCUUUGCGUGUCAUACACACAGACGGACACGUACGCGGCUUGCUUUUGUGUUGAGGUAAUCGCGGCCUUGAAGGUGUGCCAGCAGCCAUGACGUCGAAGAGCGGUGCCUUCUUCAUGGACAAUGAAGCCGAGGAAGAAGAAGAUGAGAACUACGAGCCUGGAGCAGGGGGCAGCGAUGACGACGACGACAACGAGGGCGACGAUGAAAUGGCCGACUUCAUCGCAGAGGGCGAUGCAGAGGAAGAGGAGGAUGAGGACGUUCGUCGCGUCAAAUCCAAGCUCGCUGACGAGGAGCAGAUGUUGACGGAGGACGAUUAUGAGCUCGUCCGUGAGCGCCUUGGUGAAGCAGGCCUCAAGCGGCUGCUCGCCGGUCGGAAGCGCAAACUGAAAGCGCACGCGGACGACGAGGACGAGAGCGACGAAGAGCUUCCCACGAAGCCGCGCACUGUGGCGGACUUGAAGAAAGAUCUGUUUGAUGAACCCGCCGCACAGGCCCGCGCGAAACCGCGCGCCACGUUCCUGUUUGAUGAGGACGAGGACGAAGAGGAUGAAGAGGUAGAGGAGGUGCCAGAGCGACAGCCGCGGCGCAAGCGGACGGCAGCCGGUCGGCGCGACGAUGACGACGAGGCGGCGCUACUGGCCAGCGAGGGCGCCGUGCUGCGCUAUGCCGACGAGGACCUGUACGCGGAGGGCGAGGAGGUUGAGGCUGAAGCAGCCAUGUUCCCGCCAGCCAAGAUGCCAAAGCGCACGCGCGCGCAGUUUGAGCCCAUUGAGCUUGAGGAGGCGCACAUGACUGCAGAGGACAAUACCAUCCGCAUGCAAGACCAGCCUGAGCGCGUGCAGCUCAAGUUUGGCGGGGAGUUGCGUGAACCCCCGGAGCCGCAGCUGGUGGACGCGGAGGCCGACUGGAUCUACGCGACCCUCUACGACGCAAACUUCAACGCCACCCGCCGCAUCACACAGUGGAGCGACCCCAUUCUCAGCCGCAUCUUUGAUCCGAUGCGCAUCCAGGGCGACACCCCGUACCGCAUGAAAGAGGCAAUCCGAAAUGUGCUGAGUCAGCUCCAUUAUGACCCGGCCGGUGCUGUCCAAGCAGACGAGGAUGACGAGGAUGACGAAGACACCCAGGGCGGCGACCAGCGUGGCGGCUCUGGUCCGCGCGAGGUUCCGUUUAUUGCGCAACAUCGCAAGGAGCUUGCACACUUCCCGCAUAUCCUCAACGUUCACGACCUGUGGCUGAUUGACGACUACGACGUGCGGUUCAGCCAGCACAUGAACCGCAAGGCAAAACUCCUCGACGCCCGCGACCGCCUCAUGGAGGUCCUUGACGAAGACGACCACCGCCUUCGUCUCCUCACAGAGACGGAGCGCAACUUCAUGCAAGAGGUGCAAUUUGAGGACAGCCUUCGCGAUUGCUCCGAUUACCUAUCGUACUUCUUCGCGCAGGAAUCACAGGGCGACACUUCGCUGAAGCGCAAGACGAGCCGGCAAUAUCACGUGUGCGAACGCCUCGGCAUCACCAAGUUCAUCAAGCACUUUGGUGUCUCCGUCACCGAUAUUGCGGACGUGCUCCUUCGCGCCCGCGCCGUGACGAUGACGCCGGACCACCAGAUGCCGGAGGACACCGCCGUCGACUUUGCCAUCGCCCCCUUUGACACAACAGAGAAGGUUGUUGAGGCAGCGCGGUACUGCCUGGCGGUUGAGAUUGCGAUGCACCCCGAGAUCAAGUCGCACUGGCGGGAGCAGCUGGCCGAUGCCAUCCGCGGUGGCGGCGGCGUCUUCAUCACCACGCGCCCGACCCGCACAGGAUACCAGACCGUCGAGCCCUGGGAGCGCAUCGCAAAGUUCAGGUUCUUGACGGAGAAGCCAAUCUCGACGCUGUACGACGACACGUUCUUGUGGAUGGAGCAAGCCGUUGCAGAGAAGAAACUCAAGCUUGACAUGUUCAUUGAUGGUGCCAUCAUCUCCAACAUCAAGCAGCUCAUCAUGGACAAGUGCCAGCCUGAUCCGCCAACAAUGACGACGGCCGAGUGGCAGAAGGAGUUUGAGAAGGCGCUGGACAUGGCGCACGAGAUGCUGGCCGAGAGCAUGAUCCGAGACCUCCGCAUCAAGCUGCGCGAGGAAGCCAAGAUGUUCGUGGUUGAACAGUGUGCAAACUACGUGCGCAACAUUGUCAAUCGCCGGCCCGUCGAGCCACCGCACCUCGACCAAGAGCAAAACAUUGCUGCGCUUGUGCUUGCGCCUGCUGGCACGCGUUCGUUCAUGGUUGUGAUUGGGCCCGAGGGCGAUGUCAUCGACCACGUUGGCCUCGACUGGCUCCACGCCAGGCGCAUGACGGACCGUGUUGAGAAGUUCCGCAAGGAUCUUGAGAAGAUCAAGGUGUUCCUGGAGAAGCACCAGCCGUACGUGGUCGGCCUCGGCGCCGAUUCCGUCGCAUCAAAGUUCUUCGCGCGCGAGCUCAGCGCUGUUGUUGAGGAUGCGUUGUACCGGGAGGGAGAGCCGCCUGUGGAGGUUGAGUUGAUGCCCGUGGAUAUGGCCCGCGUGUACGCAAGCGGCCGCCGCAGCGCACAGGAGUUUCCAAAGUACCCCACGGAGCUCAAGAUGGCAGUCUCCAUUGCUCGCCGCAUGCAGGCGCCAGAGCUUGAGAUGGCAGCGCUGUUUGGGCCUGGAAAGGACAUCCUGUGCAUCCAGAUGCAUCCGCUGCAGAAGUCCAUUAGCCAGGCCGACCUCUUUGAUGCCCUCUACCGCGAGGUGAUGGUUGCCGUCAACCGGACCGGUGUUCGCAUCAACAGCGCCGUCAGCAAACCCCACAUCGCACACGCCCUCGAGUUUGUGUGCGGUCUUGGGCCGCGCAAAGCAGACAUGCUCAUCUCCACCAUCCGCACGCAAUUCCGCGGCCGCAUCAUCAACCGGCACCAGACGAUCAACGAUGAAGUUGCCCAGCAGGCGCUGCUUGAGCUGCAGGAGGCGAAGGAAAGCCCUUUCAAGACAGAGCAUCUCAUCGAGUUUGCAAAGAGGCUGCGCGAGCGAGGUGAGGGUGACCUCUCCAUGACCGUUCAGGACAUUUACAGGGAGCUUUUGCGGCCCCUCAGGGAUGACCGUCACGAAUUCCUUCCCAUGCGCGCAUUCGAGCCCAUGCCGGGCCAGCGGCCAGAUGACCGUCCUGUGACCGAGAACGACAUCAAGCUCUUCUUCUGCCUUACGCAGCAGGCGAUUCCCUUCAAGGGCGCCGUGGAGGUCCACGAGCACAACAGGCCUGCGGAGCUGUACUUCCACGAGUGGCUCCCUGUCGAUUACAGCGUGGUGGAGGGCCAGCUUGUGGAUGCCGAAGUUGUGCGCUUCGAUCUCGGGCGCAUGGACGAGACGCGCGUGCACCGCGUCAUGUUGCGCUGCAGCAACGACCUGCCUGGUUUCCUCAUGGCGUCGGAUGUCAGCGAUGACUUUAUUGCCGACCCGCGGGAGGUGAUGCAAGUCGGGCAGAUGGUGACGGCGCGUGUGCUGCAGAUUGACGUGCACUUUAUGCGCCUCAAGCUCACCACCAAAGGGUCUGAGCUGCGCGGCGAGACGGAGUGGUACUGCCCUGCCAACUGGGGCUACGACAGCAUGUAUGAUGAGCAGGCCGAGCGGGAGUUCAAGGCCGCACUCAAGCCGCAGGAGCAGAAACGAUCCAAGUACGCCAAGCGCAUGGUGACGCACCCUCGCUUCUUCAACGUCUCGUAUGCAAAGGCGCUUGCCAUCUUGUCCGACUACUCUGAGGGCGAUGGGCUCUUCCGCCCAAGCAGUCGCGGCACAAACCAGCUCACUCUCACGUGGAAGGCCCUGCCGGACAUGCUGGUGCACGUUGCUGUUGAUGAGGAUCCCAAGUACAAGGCGACCGCAGAGUCGCUCAGCUCGCGCCUCACCAUCCGCAUCGGCAACGCCAUCAAGGAGUUUGAGGACUUGGACGAAAUCAUCUUCAGCUACCUCAACCCAACGUACGACAACGUGCGCCGCAUCACAGGGAACCGCAAGUACUUUGCGGACAAACCAGUUGAGGAAGUUGAAAAAAUGCUUGUUGAGCGGAAACAGAAGGAGCCCAAACGCAUUCCGUACAUGUUCAGCCCUCGCAAGGAUCACCACGGCUGCUGCUUCUGGCUGUCGUUUCUUCCAGGAUCGACAUCUGUGCGCCGCUGGCAUCUGUACGUCUUGCCCGAUGGCUACUUGAUGGACAACCACACCUUCCCCUCCCUGAAUGACCUCGUGUCCUGGUUCAAGCGCAACUUCCAGCGGCUGAGCCAGAUGUCAAAGCAGCGGGACGCUCUCGAGCAGCGGCAGAAGGAGAAAAAUCCGCACGAGCACCAGCUCAAGCAGUUGCCGCCCCAGGCACAGGCCGCAGCCUCCCGUGCCGCACACGCAGCGAAGACGCGCACCAAGAAGCCUUCGGCCAUCCGCACGCUCUCACGGUCGCACGGUAGCCACGACCAUCCCUACCACCACCGCCCGGCAGACUUCCCACCGGCUGGUCCCCCUCACCUCACCCCGUCCCGUGCCGGCCGCAGUGGCGACUACGAUGCUGCGCGCCCUGGUGCUGGCUCCUAUGGUGGGCCACCACUCCCCCCGCAGCCGUCGCUCGCCACAGCGUGGGGUGCAGACUCGAGUGCAGCCACUUCCUCUGCACCGGCGGCUGCACCGCCGCGCGACGAGCCGCCGACCGGCCGUGCUGAUGCAUGGAGCACGCCGACUCCGAGAACACCGCAGCCGCCUCCGUCACAGCACCCGGCGCCCGCGUGGGGCACACCAGCGCCGCCCCAGGCCACCGACUCGCAGCAGCCGAGCGCCAGUGCUGCAUGGGGCACGCCAGUCGCCUCCUCCUCCAGCGCACAGCAAAACCAACAGCAGGAGACACCACGGGUGCAGGAGCAGCAGCGUCAUGGAUCAACUUCCUCUGCUUGGGGUGCACCACCGCCCACAACAGAUGAACAGCAGCAGCAGGCAGCGCCACGGUCACCGCCCAAGACGCCAACAACGCCUGCCGCUUCCUGGGGCCAGCCUGCACCGCAGUCGUCCUCCCAGCAGCAAUCGCAGUCCGGUUGGGGAAACACCAACAACAACAGCAGCAGCAGCAACAGCAGCAACACCAACAACAACAACAACAACAGCAGCAGCAGCAGCACGGCCGGUGCCCCUGCAGCACCACCAGCCCCGUCAUCGGCUGGAAACGCGUGGGGGAGUACAGCGGCGUCAGCAAACAAAGCCAACACCAAUGACAGCAUGGACGUGCGUGGUGACGAUACACAACAACAACGGCAACAGCAGCAGCAGCAGCAGCAGCAGCAGCAGCAGCAACAGGCGGGUGGCUGGGGGUGGGGCCAGUCCAGCACGCAACAGACGCAGGCGGAAUCACAAGUGCCGGAGACACAGCCUGACGCUUAAUGACGAACAUGCUUUGUGCUGUUGUUGUUCGCUCGUGUCGCUGACAUGUGAUGUUUGCUGAUGCGUCCAGUUCCUUGUUGCGUGAUUACGACAUGUGCGUGCGUUGUGUGUGUGUGUGUGUGUGCGUACAUGGGUGCAUGUGUG